CAAAAGUCCAAGAGAAAGUCCAAGAAAUUCCAAGCAAAAAUCCAAGAGGUCAAAAAAUCCAAGUCCAAGAGAAAGUCCAAGAAAAUCCAAACGAAAGUCCAAGUGAAAGUCCAAACGAAAAUCCAAGAGAAACAACGAAAGACGACGGCUCCAGUGAUGACAGUUCCAAGAACUAUGACUCCGGUAAAGCUAAAUUAUAUCUAGAAAGCAAAAAAAAGAAUAUCUUGAAGAUCUACUGUAGAUCUAAAGAGUCAAUUCAACAGGGGGAAACGUCAAAAGUUACACAAACCAACAU